CUAAACUUCCGGGUUGUUUAAUAUAAUUUUUCUCGUUUAACCCCUUCACAGUGGGCAAUACUUCAGUGAAUCAGUAUUCAGUAUUUCCUCUUGUUUGUGUGCAGCUUUCACAUUAAAAUCUAUUAUUUUAUACAACAAUACCCACAUUUCAACCGAAAUGGGAGACUUUCACAAAAUUCGACCUUUCAAGAUAUUAGCCGUUGUCAUGGCAACAGUGGCCGUUGUUCUGACGGUCAUUUCUCUGGCAGGGCCUGACUGGGUCAGUGUCAAGUUCUACGAGGGCAAGCUGCAGAAGUCCUGGGGGCUCUGGUGGGAGUGCUGGAGGGUGCACGUUUCCUUUGAGAUGUGUGUGGGCGCCACAUCAUCUCUCUGAUCAUCUACCCAGUCAAAUUCACAGCUGAGGUCACCGGCAAUGACGACAACAAAGCGGAGACGGCCCAGUUCGUGUUUGACUGGACGUACGGCAUCGCGUGGGGAGCCGUCAUUUUCCUGGUCGGAGCCACCGUGUUCUUCUUCAUUCGCGUGCGGGACGAAGACAACGCCCAGCCGAUGAAAGUCAUGGCGGACAAGCCCACGGUGUAUUACCAGCCCUAGGUUUGGGGGGGCGGGUGUUUUUCUCAUGGUGUGAUGGCGUGAAACUGAUACCGGCAUCUUGGAUGAAGUUGUGAAGAUUGCAGUAGAAAAAAUAUGCUUUUAAGUCAUGUUUUUGGAAGAUUGCAGUGGAAAAAAAUAUGGUUUACGUCAUGUUUUUGGAAGAUUGCAGUGGAAAAAAAUAUGGUUUACGUCAUGUUUUUGGAAGAUUGCAGUGGAAAAAAAAAUAAUGUAGGUCAUGGUUUCAGGUGUUGAGAAAAUCAAAUUCAGAAUUCAAAACACUCCACGCUAUGAUCAUUUUUCUAUUAGACUUUCUGUAUAAAGUGUUUCCAACUCAGGAAUGAGCCCGUUGUUCUGUUCUGUGUUACAACUUUUCCCAUAAACUAUAGGAGUAGUGUGCCUGCUUAAAGCAAUAAUUCAAUUCAAUUCAAUUAUUUUGGGUUAGUGCCUUUUAUCCCUUUUCUUUUGUGGUUGUCGUUUGAUUUUUUUAAAAAGUUUUUUUCUUUAAUUUAAAAUUAGAUCUAGAUUCUUAGUAAAAUUUCUUGGAAGUUACUGAUGUGGAGGUUUAAAACAUUGUCAAAUGAGUGCUGGAAAACUGCAGUAGUGACUACGUUACUUAGGAUUUUUUAAAAUGAAGUUGUGUCAUAGGUGUUUGCUUUCAAGGGAAGCUAGAUCUUAUACUCCCGUUCUCUCUGCAGCUGAUUGUAUUGCAUUCCAGUACAGUAAAACUAUCAUUUUUUGGGGUCAUUUUUCAGUAUAUUCUCAAUGUACAAUGUAAGUUUACUCAUUGACGACACGCUUUCUCGUCUUUUGUCAAGGCUUGAAGAUUCUCUGUUUUGGGGCAUUACUUCAUCGGUAAAACAUAUUUUACUGUUUUAUUUUCUUUAUCUGACACGUUAAAAGGCUUGAGAUUGUACGUAUACUAUGAUAUAAGCAAAAUUAUUUUUCUGAUUUUUGGAUGAUGAUUGAAAAUGUUCUAAAAUGUUGACUUUUCUCUGCAACUAAUCGAACAUAUGUGUCCGUUACGUCCCCAAAGAGUUAAAAAAAGGAACGUUUGAUCGUUAAAUCCCCUCAAAAGUCACACAGUAUUAUUAUAGUAAAAAGUUUGUUUUGAGCAGGAAUGUUGUAUACACAGCAUUUAAAAAGAAAAAAAA